AUGAUUUCCACUCUUUGUUUUACCCUUGCCAUAUUCGCAUCCGUCCAUGGUUUUGCCAUCAACAAGAGAUUUGACAAUGGUGACUUCCCAACUGGUAAUACUGACCCCAAUGUGGCCAGUGCAUGUAUAUACUGGGCGAAGUCUAUUGGCUCAACAGAUACUUGUGCGGACCUUGAGAGCUACUAUGGAAUCACGGCUACACAGCUAACUUUCUGGAACCCUUCUCUCUCAAUCACUAAAUGUGCCCUCAAAGAAGGCUGGAGUUACUGUGUUAGUGCACCAGCUGUAUCAACCACACCCUCAUCCACCAGCACUGUGUCCACAAUAUUAUCCACGCUCCUGCCUACUACAACGGCGACUUCUACGUCAGGCAUAACUACCAGUGCGAGUAGCCCUUCCCCGACUCAAAGCGGCGUGAGCUCCAGCUGUGAUGCAUUCUAUUACUUUUACUCCUGGAACCCGGCCGUCAAGUCCGACUGCUCCGGCCUACAGCCAGACUAUUACGUCUGCAUCGGUGUCACCGGGUCCACCACUCUGGUGUCGCAGACUACACUUCCUGCUACCAAUACUGCUUCAGCGGUUACUACUACUGGGUCUUACUUACCUGAGCAGACGGGAAUCGCAUCAAACUCUGUAGGAGCAACGUGUAGUAACCUUGAAGCUGACUACUGGGUCUGCGUUGGUAUCUCUGGCGGUACCUCCGCAACCACCACAACGCCUACCUCCACAUUCACAUCAACAGCUAGCAGUACCACACCUAUUAGCAGCGCUCCAUCUCCUACCCAGUCGGGCCUAGUAGAUGACUGUUCAACCUACUACCAAGCCAAAUCCGGCGACAGCUGCUGGUCUAUCGUCAACAACAAAUACACCUACCUGACCACCUCCCUCUUCGAAGAAUGGAAUCCCGCUGUCGGAUCAGACUGUAUUAACCUGCAACCAGGUUACUAUUACUGUGUUGCCACACAGAAGCAGGCGCCAAUGCCAGACACGAUCAAUAUAUGCAAUAAGUGGCAUUUGGUAGCUGACGGCGACAAUUGUUGGUCGAUAGAGCAGGACGCAGGUAUUACUGCGGGUCAGUUUAAUACGUGGAAUCCGUACGUGGGUUCAUCCUGUGCGAAUCUGUGGUUGGGGUAUUGGGUUUGUGUGGGUGUUUGA